CUUAUCUGGGAUUAGUGACAGAUACACAAGAUAUUAUUUGAUCUGUGGUUUCUAUUUCUUUUUAAAACACGUGUUUACGUGAUGAGCUCGUGUGGAGCUCAAUUUUAUGCAAUAGUUAAAUAAAAUAACACAAAAUGAGUUUGUAUAACUUUAAAAAGAUUGCCGUAGUGCCUACGGCUAAGGACUUUAUAGAUAUUAUAUUGUCUAAAACUCAAAGAAAAACCCCGACGGUGGUACAUAAGCACUAUAAAAUAUCAAGGAUACGUGCGUUUUAUAUGAGGAAAGUGAAGUACACACAACAAAACUUUCACGACAGAUUGUCAAGGAUAAUACAGGAAUUUCCAAAAUUGGAUGAUGUUCAUCCAUUCUAUGCUGAUUUGAUGAAUGUCUUAUAUGACAAAGAUCACUACAAGCUUGGUUUAGGACAGCUGAAUACGGCCAGACAUCUUAUAGACAAUGUAGCGAAAGAUUAUGUGCGCUUGCUUAAGUAUGGUGAUUCUCUGUACCGAUGCAAGCAGCUUAAACGCGCCGCACUUGGUCGCAUGGCAACCAUCAUGAAGAGACAGGGUGCCAACCUAACAUAUUUAGAACAGGUCCGCCAGCAUUUAGCGCGUUUACCGUCAAUAGAUCCCUACACUCGGACGAUUAUCAUCUGUGGAUUCCCAAAUGUUGGCAAAUCCAGUUUCAUCAAUAAGAUUACGCGCGCCGAUGUGGAAGUACAGCCUUACGCAUUCACAACAAAGAGCUUGUAUGUGGGACACACUGACUACAAAUAUUUAAGAUGGCAGGUGAUAGACACUCGUAUCUUGGAUCACCCACUGGAGGAGCGCAACGUGAUCGAAAUGCAGGCGGUGACGGCGCUUGCUCACUUGCGCGCAGCUGUUCUGUACUUCAUAGACCCUUCGGAACAGUGUGGACACAGUAUAGAGGAACAGAUAUCAUUGUUUGAAAGCAUAAAGCCACUCUUCACAAAUAAGCCUUUAAUUGUAGUAUUGAACAAGAUGGAUGUGGUUAAGCCUGAAGACCUGGUUCCAGAGAAGAGGCAACUUCUUGAGAAACUGCAAGAAGUCUGUUCUAAAAACAACCUUGUUAGUGCUGACACGAAUUCUGACCUCUCAGUGGUGCCGGUGAUGCGAAUGUCGACAGUGACUGAGGAGGGAGUGCAAGAGGUCAAGAUCGAGGCCUGCGAGCGGCUGCUUGGCCACAGGGUCACUGAGAAAAUGAGGACCAAGAAGGUGGACGGUAUCCUCAACCGGCUACACGUAGCGCUGCCAUCUCCGCGCGAUAACAAAGACCGGCCCCCCGUCAUUCCUCCUUCUGUGGCGGCCAAGAAGCAACAGCAGGCCGAGCGGGAGUCCCGUAAGAGGAAACUGGAGAGAGAAAUUGAAGUUGAACAGGGAGACGAUUAUGUCCUUGAUCUGAAGAAGAACUACGACAUCCCGGAAGAGGAGCGGUACGACGUAAUCCCAGAGAUGUGGGAAGGACACAACAUCGCCGACUAUAUCGACCCGGAGAUAUUCGACAAACUAGCGGACCUGGAGAAGGAGGAGGAGCUGAGGAUGGCGGGUGGCAUGUACGCGGUGCCCAAGAUAGAGCUCGACGAGACCAUGCGCGAGAUACGAGAACUGGCACGCCAGAUACGCAACAAGAAGGCGGUCUUGAAGGACGAGUCCCGGUUGGUGAAGCAGUCGACGAAGCCUGUGAUGCCGCGCACGAGCCGCGCCCGCGCCCGCGACCGCUCCACCACCAAGCUCAGGGACGAGAUGGAGAAACUUGGCGUGGACAUGUCCGGCACGGAGGAGGCGCACUUCACGCAGACGCAGCCGCGGUCGCGCUCGCGCUCGGUGUCGGCCGCGCCGCCCGCCAAGCGCGCGCGCGGCCGCUCCGUCAGCGCAGUCGCGCGCGACGAGCAAGGCGUCAAGGACGUUGUCAUGGCAAAGAAAGCGAAACAAAUGGCUCACGUCGCCAUCGCGAAGAAGACGAAAAAAAUGGGUCUCAAAGGAGAGGCGGAUCGUUUCAUCGGCACCAAGAAACCAAAACAUCUGUACGCGGGCAAGCGCGGCGUCGGCAAGACGGACAGACGAUAAUAUCCCCACAUAUUCUUGUAUGGUUAAAUACGAGGGCAUACAAUUUUGUAUGCAAUAUUUAUUGGUUUCAACAGCCCCAAAUAUUAUAUCAGUUUUCUCUUACUUUUUAUAUUGGCAAGCUUUAUUCUAUUUAGUUAUUGUAACUGUCAAAGAAUAAUCAAACAUAAAUUCUCUUUGUUCACAAUAGUAGUACUGAUUGUGAUAUUUUCAUGCCCUUUACAGCAAACGGAAGGAUUUAAAUACACGUAUUAUCUAAGUGACUCUUUGUAUUUUUAAACAUUGUUGAUUUUGUACUACCGUGACGUGUUAUGAAGUGUACAAACAAUACAAAACAAUAAAUAUAUUUUAAACAUUA